AUGUCCAACUUCCUCACCGCUACCUACCCCUUUGCUGCUGACCAUAACUUGGAUGACUUGAGCGAUAAUGAGCAAACUAUACCCCUGCUACUUCUUCAAACAAAGCUGGGAGAGGUGUUGGGCCCUAUGACUCUGUUGGCCAGCUCGUCGACCCCUGUCCUUCUGUGGAUCCACAAGCUACCUUGCCGGCAUCCUUGCAGCCCCCUCUCGACUGGCGUCCUCUUCCAGACUGUCUCGACUGGUGUCUUUUCUACAACUCACCCAACCAGCAUCUGGUCCCAUCUUGUGAGUGCUCCGCCUUCUGUGUCAGCAGGUGCCAGGCAGAAGGCAGAUGAGAUGCGGGCUUCUCAAAAGGCCAGUAGGACAAGGGAUAAGGAAGAGUAA